CUCAGCAGGUGGCGAUAUACCUUAGACGUGUUUGCAACGAAAUGACGCAUUAAUCCACGGAAGAGGAAAAUAAUGAAUUUGCUCAACUCGAACUGAUUCAACAAGCAGUGAGAAAUGGAGGUGGAAUGCUUUGUGUCCAAGACCCUAGAGCUCCUUCAGGAGGAGAGAGAAGCAGAGAUCGAGGAGACAAAGCUAUGGCAGGAGAAUGUCUCUCUGAAAGAUCUCCAGAGUAAAGGCGUUUGUCUCCUGAAGCUGCAGAUAGGAAGCCAGUCAACUGGCCUUUAUGGACGAUCACUCCUCCUUCUGGAACCCAGAAAACACAUGGGCGUCUCUGUGCUGCCUAGCAACAACUUUGGACCCGGAGACAUAGUGGGUCUGUAUGACCUGGAUGGCUGUAAGCCGUCCUCCCAGGUGUGUACCGGUGUCGUGACCCGCAUCAGUCAGUCAGCUGUCACCGUGGCCUGUGAGGACUCGCCGGACGGACUCAACCUGGACACAGACGCUCUGUACAACCUCAUGAAGCUGGCUAACGAUGUCACGUACAAGCGCAUGAAAAAGGCCUUGAACACCUUGAAUGGGUACAGCAGUGGACCAGCCGCGGAUUUGAUCAGCGUUCUCUUUGGCUAUUCAGAACCUGGCUCUAUAUCACAACCAAAUGAUCUGUCUUUCCUGAACAGUGGUCUGGAUGAGUCUCAGAGACAGGCGGUGUCGUUUGCUCUGUCUCAGAGAGAGGUAGCUGUGAUACACGGGCCACCAGGCACCGGCAAGACAACCACUGUGGUGGAAAUCAUCCUACAAGUGGUCAAACGGGGACAGAAGGUCCUGUGCUGUGCCGGUUCUAAUGUGGCCGUGGAUAACCUGGUUGAGCGCCUGGCUAAGGCCAAAGCUAAGGUCCUGAGACUGGGCCACCCUGCCCGCCUGCUAGAGUCCAUUCAGAAACACUCGCUAGACGCCGUCCUCGCUCACAGUGACAACACCAACAUCAUCGCUGACAUACGCGAAGACAUCGACAAAGCUUUUAUGGGGAUGAAGAAGAUGAAUGACAAACGAGAUCGGAUCCACCUGAAGAGGGAGGUAGGAGAGCUGAGGAAGGAGCUGAGGACCAGGGAAGCUACAGCCAUUGCUGAGGUCCUCAAACGUGCUGAUGUUGUUCUAGCCACUAACACAGGUGCUAAUGAUGGUGGCCCUCUGAAGAACCUACCUGUAGACCAUUUUGACUGGGUGGUGAUCGAUGAGUGUGCCCAGGCGUUGGAGAGCUCCUGCUGGAUCGCGCUGCUCCGAGGCAGGAAGUGUAUCCUGGCUGGAGAUUACAAGCAGCUGCCACCCACCAUCAAGUCUCACACGGCUGCAUCUAAAGGCCUGUCUGUCAGCCUGAUGGAGAGGUUGAUCCUGAAGUAUGGCGACUCCGUAGUCAGGAUGCUGACAGUGCAGUACCGUAUGAACAGUAACAUCAUGACCUGGGCCUCAGAACAGAUGUACCAGGGUCAACUCGUCGCACACAGCUCAGUGGAGAAACACCUGCUCAAAGAUCUCCCAGGAGUAACCAGUGUUGAAGAGACCAGCACCCCUCUCCUCCUCAUAGACACAGCAGGCUGUGGACUUAGUGAGAUGGAGGUGACAGACGACCAGUCCAAAGGAAACCAAGGUGAGGUGGACAUUGUGGAACUGCACAUCAAAGCGUUGACUGAAGCUGGGGUGAAACCUAAAGACAUCGCUGUUAUCGCCCCUUACAAUCUGCAGGUGGAUCUCCUGCGUCAGCGUCUCUCAGCGAGACAUCCUGAUCUGGAGAUCAAGUCUGUAGACGGCUUCCAGGGUAGAGAGAAGGAGGCUGUGGUGCUGACCUUGGUCAGAUCUAACAGGAAAGGUGAGAUAGGGUUCUUGGCUGAAGACCGGAGGAUCAACGUGGCGGUGACUCGAGCCAGACGUCACCUGGCCCUGGUGUGUGACACGCAGACCGUCCAGACCCACGGCUUCCUCAAGACCCUCAUCGAUCACAUGACCCAGCACGGCGACGUACGCACCGCCUUUGAGUACCUGCAGGACAUUGUGCCCCAGAACUACACCAGAGACCACCGAGAUACCAAGUCUAACAACACUAAAGCUGCCGCUAGCUGCUCCACCUCCAACAAGCAGAAGGGCAGAGGCCAGGCUGGGAGCAAGGUGGAGCCAGGACACAAGAGGACCUCUGGGGGGAACAAGACCCAGGGAGGAGAGCCCCAGACAGGUUCAGAUCCCGGCACACACAGCCAAGGCAGACGUUCCACCCCCACAGAGGAAGAGCAGAGACUGACGCAGAUAAAAUACCUGGAGAUCAAGAACCAGGUGGAGUGGUUUCUCCAGGACCCAGACCAGACGGAGCUACGGUUUCCCUCGACCCUCAACUCCCACGACCGCCUGCUCGUACACCAGGUUGCAGAGGAGCUGGGCCUGAACCAUGAGAGCCAGGGAGAGGGAAAGGAUAGAUGCAUCACUGUCUCCAGACUCCCAACAGGGUCUAACGAGGCUGGGGAAGAAGAGGAGCAACAAGCCCAAGAACCAGCAGCAGUCCGGGAGGAAGAGAGUGUUACAGGGCCUCCUGUAGGGCAACCGGCAGCCGUCCGGGAGGAAGAGAGUGUUACAGGGCCUCCUGUAGAGCAACCGGCAGCAGAUCUCAAGACUUUACAUCUGGAACGAAUGAGACGGGAGCAGAAGAAGAGAGAGCAGAAGAUGGAGCAGGAGAAGCAUCUAGAUACCAUCCGUACAGCAGGACAGACUCAGACUGCUAAGAAGGCCAAGGCAAAAGGAAAGCCCAAAAAGACCAAAGCGGGGGCCUGUGAGAUCGCUGCGGCUGCGGCGGCGGGUGAUGAUUUUGACACCCUAAUAGAUGCUGUGGUGAAGGCAGAACGCGUCUGUAGUUUUGUCAAGUGUAAAACGUUAGUAAUUUAUCUGGGACAACUCUGUCUGUUCUGCAACAGACAAUACUGCCUCGGUCACCACAUACCUGAGGUAAGACACAUUGUUUCUAGAUCAUUUUCUGACUGUAUUACUCUCACUGUAUUAUGUUCUACUGUAUAGUAAACAUUUGCAUGUUUAGCUGUCAGAGUUAAUCCGUUAACUCGAGUUCAUCAAGACGUCUAUUUUCUUUUCCAAUGCAGCCAUUUUUAUCA